AUGACGAAAGCACUUAACAAGCUUGAUAUGUCGUUAGAGCAGAUAAUCCAACUGGAGUCGAAGAAAUUCAAAAUAGGCAAAAAGUCGAAAGAAGGUCCGAAACGAUUUGGAAGGGUUUUAUCAGGCAGAAUUCGCAAACGUCUGUCGUUUCAGAACGGAAAGCAGCGGGCGAACGCCGCCAAUCGCAUACUGAAGAAUUCCUUGGCGCGGGCUCGUCGAACUCCUGCGACAGUGACCAACAACGAAAUUCGUCUGCGCCAACAAGUGCAGCGUUGGCGCAACACUGCGAACCGUCUUAAAACCAUUCUCAAGAACUGCAUGUUCAGCGCCGGCAUUUCUCAGCCUCAGCCUGUACCGUCGCCGUUGCGACAGCGGAAGCACGUUAAUCCACAGAAGGUGGUAAAAUACGAACCGCUCGACGACAAUUUCGUCCCGUCACCUCAACUGUCUCUGGGUAUCGCCAGUCGUUUGGGAUGGAAGAAGAAGGGUUGGCGUAGGGCGACGACGGCAGCUUUCAGCGACGUAAGACAGUUGGGAAACACUUGGCAGAAACGACGUGGACCGUAUAAAAGAUUGUCCAUUGACAAGUAA